AUGGGCCAUCAAAUUCGCCGUCUACGCAUUGCGGUCUCCGGACUUGGCCGCAUGGGGGAAAUUGCGUGGGCGAAGGAGAACCUCGAGCCAUGGGGCGUCACCAUAUACGAGGACUAUGAUAAGAUGCUGAACCACAUGGGACUGGAAGCAGUGUGUAUAGCAACAAUUACGAGUGUUCACGCGGAACAGUCGAUCAAGGCGAUUGAGUCAGGGAAGCAUGUACUAUGUGAAAAACCCUUGAGCACGGAAUUGUCUCUGGUACCUAUGCUGCCCAUCGACGUAUGCCAAAACGUCCUCGAUUCUGCCCGCACCCACCCAGAUCUAAAGGUCAUGUGCGGAUUCUCCAGGCGCUUCGACUCUUCCUAUCUUGCGGCGUACCGGUCUACAGUCGCAGGCUCUAUAGGGCGUCCUACUAUCCUCCGCUCUCAAACCUGCGACAAGUACGACGCUAGCGGUGCUUUUGUACAGUACGCGCAGUUUAGUGGCGGUAUCUUUGUUGAUUGCAAUAUCCAUGAUAUCGACCUGGCGCUGUGGUUCUUGUCCGCAGGUACUCCGGACAAGGCUUUGCCAAAAGUAAGAACUGUCACGGCCGUCGGUGUUGCAGCACUGGAGCCAGAACUCGUCAAGUAUGGAGAUGUCGAUAAUGGGGUUGGCGUUGUAGAAUUCUUCGAGGGCCAGAUCGCCUAUUUUUUCAGCUCCAGAAUGAAUUCACCAGGGCAGCACGAUAUGACUGAUGUUAUCGGCACAAUAGGAAAGCUUUCUGUGAAUGCGCAUCCUGCAUCUAGUCUACUAGAGAGCCAUACAGCAGAUGGUAUCUAUAGAGAUAUCCCGCAAAAUUUCUUUGAACGGUUUGAGCAUGCGUUUGUGAAGGAGGCGCAGCAGUUUGUGGAUGCGGUGCUGGAAAAUAAGCCGGUACCUAUUGAUUUGGAGAGCAGUGUGCUGGCAGUUUAUAUUGGUACACUCUUGCAAGAAAGCUUGAGGAGUGGCAAGAAGCUAUUUUUUGACCGCGCUGGAAAUAGGGUGGAAGAGGCGGUCAAGGCAGAGUGGUGA